CUUUAAGAACUGAUGCCUCUCGUCUAUCGUUCCUCGCUCCAAUCAGGGUAAUCCCAAACCCUCGUCGCACGUUUUCCCCUAUCCUCCUUUGGAUCUUCUAUUCUCCGGCGGUUCAACGGCGAGUCUUCAGCCUCCGACGAGUUUUCUGAACGGCUCCGGUGGGCGCGUGUUUGGCACCUUCCUUUUGAUACAUGAUUUCUCCGGCACUGGAACCUGACAAUUUUAGCCGGAGCUUGGCCGGAAUCCUGGUGUUGAAGCUAUGGCAUCCGCCGUCUUAGCGAGUCGCAAUGAAUCGAAUUGGGCGCAGUCGAGAGGCGGCGGCGGCGGCGGAGGCGGAGGAGGAUUCAUGGGAAAAUUCCAUUCUUCAAACCCUAACCCUAACAAUUCGAAGCGGAAAACCCACGCGCCGGCAGGUGAUAUCAACGAUUUAUCGCCUGCUGUGACGCAAUCGGCAUCGGAUGACGCUUCUUCCUUCAAUCAGAGAUCGAUUGUUGAGUUCAAUCGGGGUAGAUACGUGACCUUCAACAUCGGCUCGUAUUCGAGAAAAGAUUUGGUGCAACUCAAGAAUCGGUUGGUAUCGGAACUCGAGAAGAUCCAGAAUCUGAGUAAUCGGAUCGAGUCCGGCGAUUUGCAGCUCAGAUCUGGCGGCGAUCGGACAGCAAACAAGCAGCAGCGGCCGAAUAACAAGAAGAUAGCGGGAAACAAACGGCCUCCGCCUUUUGAUUCCGGAAGAGGUCCAAAGCGAUCGGCAGCGGAGAACGCGAGCUUGAUGAAGCUGUGCGGACAAACGUUGACGAAGCUGAUGAAGCACAAGCACAGUUGGGUGUUCAAUUCGCCUGUUGAUGUUGUUGGCAUGGGGCUUCACGAUUACCACCAGAUUAUUAAAAGGCCGAUGGAUCUUGGCACCGUAAAAUCGAAGAUCGCGAAGAAUCUCUAUGAUUCGCCCCUUGAUUUCGCCGCGGAUGUCAGAUUGACAUUCGACAAUGCUCUGUUGUAUAACCCUAAGGGCCACGAUGUUCACGUCAUGGCCGAGCAGUUGCUGGCUAGGUUUGAGGAUUUGUUCAAACCAGUGUACAAUAAGCUAGAAGAAGAUGAGAGGGAUCAGGAAAGAAUCAUCGUUGGUGGUGGGAGAGGUGGCGUUUCCGCCAUCGCCGGCACCAGUGGCGGUGAAGAAUUGCAGGGGAGUUCUUGGAACCAUAUUCCGACCCCAGAGAGGUUGAAGAAGCCAAGUCCGAAGCCUGUUGCGAAAAAACCUGAGAGAAUGCAGGUACCUAUACCCGCCACUGGGUCCUCAAACCCACCUUCGGUUCAGUCGGUGCCAACGCCAUCGCCUAUGCGAGCCCCACCAGUGAAGCCAUUGGCCACAAGGCCAAGCAGUGGGAAGCAACCGAAGCCCAAGGCCAAGGAUCCUAACAAAAGAGAGAUGAGCUUAGAGGAGAAGCAUAAAUUGGGUCUUGGGUUGCAGAGUUUGCCUCAGGAGAAGAUGGACCAGGUUGUGCAGAUUAUAAGCAAGAAAAAUGGCCAUUUAACGCAAGAUGGCGAUGAAAUUGAGCUUGAUAUCGAGGCUGUUGAUACCGAGACUCUUUGGGAGCUUGAUAGAUUAGUGACUAAUUGGAAGAAAAUGGUGAGCAAGAUCAAGCGGCAAGCCCUUAUGGUCAACAACAACACGGCUGCCACAGAAGUAAAUAGGUCUUCUAUGAAUGAGAGAACUGAACCUUCUCUGGCUCCGGCCAUGGCAAAGAAGCCAAAGAAAGGAGAGGCUGGGGAGGAAGAUGUCGACAUUGGUGAUGAAAUACCAACAGCCACCUUCCCACCAGUUGAAAUUGAGAAGGAUGAUGCCCGGGCCAGCAGUAGUUCUAGCAGUUCGAGUAGUUCAAGCAGUGAUUCCUCCUCAUCGAGUGAUUCGGAUUCGGGGAGUUCCUCUGGGAGUGAUUCGGAUGUGGACAAUGCUCAAUCUAGACCUUGAAAGUGAAUUGAAAUUCGCAGGACCACUUGGGUGGAAGAGGCAAGGGACGGGUGAUGGGGUGGAUGAGGAAAUGUUUGAAAUUUCAUUCCAAGAGGAAGGGAAGUGUGUAGGUUGGGUGAAUAUGAAAGAGGUAUUAAUUGCUACAACACCUGCAACUAUUAAAUUCUUUUAUCAGUUUCUGAUGAAUGAUCUUUAUGAAGGUAUUGAGCUGAAUUUAUGAACUUUCUGAACAGGGAGAGAGAGAGAGAGAGAGAGAGAGAGAGAGAGAGAGAGAGAGGUUCUCAAGUGUCGUGUUGGAUUUAUGGCGGUUGCAAUUUGGGGGCAAAAAAAAAAGGAGGACAAUGGCAGAUGGGUGCACACCCCCCAACUUGGGCGUUGGCUUGGAGGGGUGUAUGGUAUGAUUCAUGUUGCGUAGGUGGUAGUUGAGAAGGUAGAGAAGGAGUUUAGCUAUGGAGAACCCAAUUUGGGUAGAGUAAAGCAAGGGGAGGGAUGGGGGUUGGAAUACUUUUGUACACAUUACAACACUAAAUACAUGAUUUUCCUCAA